UUGCUCAUCAACAUGACGAGAGAAACAAAGAGAGCGAAGGAGCGACCGCGAGAUGGAGCAACUUUUGUUCUUCAUUCAUUCUCAUUGGCCAAUCGAGAAGAUAAAAUAAAAUUUUAGUUGUUAUUUUGUUCAACAUUGUUGAGUCAGCAGAUGGAGCGCAAAGUUGUUUUUGUUUAUGAUCUUAAGUUGAAUUUUCUAUCGUGCUCCUUAAUUACCUAAUUAACUACCUGUGAUCUUGUAAUUAAUUGAAACCUCUCAACUAACAUUGAAGCGAGUGCUAAGGUGAUUCUCCUGGUACCUGGAACUCAUCAUGGAUGUGAACUUACCUGACACUGAGCCUGUUUCUAUUCCGAAGAGUAAUUUCUAUUCUGGUAAUGGGCGAAACAGGCGAAAGAAACAGAAGAGGAAACGCUCUAGUGUAUCGAAAUCUUCUUGUUUCGAUGAUGUCUACAAGUUGACUGGUGAGAUUCUCGGUGAAGGUGCCUAUGCUCAAGUUCAAUCUUGUAAACAAUUAAGUACUGGUAAAAUCUUUGCGGCUAAAAUAAUCGACAAACAAGCUCAUCCAAGGUCAAGAGUCUUCCGUGAAAUCGAUAUUUAUUACCAUUGUUCUGGACAUAAAAAUAUUUUGCAAUUGUUUGAUUUCUUUGAAGAAGAUGACAAAUUUUAUUUGGUGUUCGAAAGACUUGCUGGUGGGCCUUUGUUAGCUCAUAUCCAAAAACGUAAUCAUUUUACCGAAAAUGAAGCAAGUUUUAUUAUUCGUGAUAUUGCCAAUGCUCUCAAGUUCCUUCAUCAGAAAGGUAUAUCCCACCGAGAUCUCAAACCAGAAAAUAUUCUGUGUCAUAGUCAAGAUCAAAUUUGUCCCCUUAAAAUUUGUGAUUUUGACUUGGGCUCAGGUCUGGUCAUCAACGAAUCUUCGCCUGUCAGCACUCCUGAACUCUUGACACCAGUUGGGUCUGCUGAAUUCAUGGCUCCUGAAGUCGUGGAGGCUUUCAUCGGAGAGGCUACACCUUACGACAAGAGAUGUGACCUCUGGAGUUUAGGUGUCAUCAUGUACAUCUUAUUAUCCGGUUAUCCGCCUUUUUAUGGCUUCUGUGGUAGUGACUGUGGCUGGCAGAGAGGUGAAUUUUGUCAAGCCUGCCAAGACCAACUAUUUACCUGCAUUCAAGACGGAACUUACGAUUUUCCUUAUCGAGAUUGGGGAUGCGUCUCGGACGAAGCCAAAGACCUCAUAAGACAUCUUUUGGUGAAAGAUGUAAACCAAAGAUACACCGCUGAGAUGGUUUUAAACCAUCCAUGGGUACGCCAUGGAGGACCCCUGACCCUCCUCAAAACACCUAAGGUGAUAAGGCGAAACAACAGUGCCAAGGAUCUGGCUGCAUUCGCAGAGAGCGCCAAUGCCAUGAAAAGAUUAGUCUUGCGACAUCAAGCCUACAGCACAGAUUUUUCCUUUGCAGUUAACUCUAAAUUAUCAGAUCCUCUUGAAGAGAAAGAGGUUGCUAGUGGUAGUGGCUCAUUAUCCUCAUCAUCAACAUCAUCAGCACAACCAAUUACAUCAACCAACAAUUCGAAGAAAGCAAAUUCAGAUGAAAUAGACGGAGACUUACCUCCAACCCCUGAUACCCCGGAUUCACUUGGAAAAAACUCAACAUGGAUACCAGUAUCGAAGAAAAGUCUUCCCAGUGCCUUUGUUUAUAAUUCUUGCAUGAAUCCAAAAUCGCCCAUGAAUCGAUUAUCAUUAACUCUUCACCCAAGCUUGAAACCCAUUCUGCUUAACAUUUAAAUCAACAACAAAACUAUCACAAUGAUGAAUCCAAAUCCUUUUCUCUUCAAACAUUUCAUCAACUUUUUUCCUUUAUACAAUUUAAUUGGCAACAAAACCCUUCUACUAUCCUAAAUACUACCUCUUUCUUUCUCUUUCUCUCUCUUCUCUCUAUUCAUCUCUCUUCUCUUUUCUCUAUCAGUCAAUUUUAUUUGAAUAUCCCCAUUUUCUACCACAUUCUUUUCGAUGUUCUCAAUUUUCAUAGUCUCUUCACUACCAUUUUUCUCACACUUUCACAACAUUCAGGUCUUUUCUCUUCCCUUUUCAUCAUUUUUCUAUCCUUUCGAUUUCUCUCGAUUCCACUCGAUCUCUUUGUUUCCCUCUUUCCAUCCCUUUCUCUUCAUUUCUCUUCCUCUACCUCACUUUUCGUUAUCCUUCCUUUCUAUUUUGCUGUUAAAAAUUAGGAGCAUCUUGAUUUACUCACCAUUUAAUACCAUAAUUUGUAAUUUGAUAGAUUGUUUAAUCAUUGACACAUUCCGACAAUGAUGAUCACAAUCAUGAAGGAAAGUAACAUCGGUUUCGUAGAAAUGGAUAAAAUCAUUUAAAAGCUGAACACAAAAAUCAAUUGGAAUGUCUAAAUGCUGUAGGCUUUAAAGUUCAAUCAUGGGUCUGGCCAAUUCGUAAAGAAAAACCCACCAAAAAAAUCUCUAAAAUUAAAUCUUUACCAUCUAAAAAAUAAUAUUUGUUAACAAAAAAAGAUUAUCAUCGAGACAUUAUCUCAAUUUUGACAAAAUAAACGCAAUAAGAUUUUAUAAAUAAACAAA